UCUGUGAAAGCGAAGUCCCCCGAUCCCAAGGAGAACUGGAUUAAGCGAGGCGCUGAAUUCAGUCUCGCUCUAGCCAGCGGGAGGAUACUUCAGGGAAGAAGUGAAGACAGCUCACAACUCCCAGAAGGGGAAGGAUAUAUCCAUUCCAUCUGUUAGAUAUACAGCUAUAUCUAUAGAGAUAUAUAGAGAUAGAGAUAAGAGUGAGAAAAUAUCCAUAAUAUACACACACACACAUAUAUAUAUAUAUAUAUAUAUAUAUAUUAGCGUGAAAAAUGUGUUGGAAGACUUUGCUACUCCUGCUGCUGUAUUAUGAUGCUCAAGCCACAGUGACUCCCAGGUGGAAUAGAGCGCCACUCUUCCCCGCCGCCAGCCGGCCCAAGCGAUCCUCGUCGGCCCCCCUCAACCCCGUGCUGCAGACCUCGCUGGAGGAAGUGGACCUGCUCUAUGAGUUUCUUUUAGCAGAGCUGGAGAUCGGCAAAGACCUGAGGAUCUCCAUCAAGGACGAGGAGCUCUCCUCCCUGCGCAAGGCGGCCGACUUCAGCACCGUCUGCAACCACGUCAUCCCCAAGGGCGUCCCGGACAUCCGCCGGCUGAGCGCCCGGCUCUCCCGAUACACCGGCGUCCUCAGGAAGGAAGACUUUGAACGGACGGUGCUGACUUUGGCCUACGCGGCUUACCGCACCGCCGGAGCCCACGGGCACCAGAAGGAUGUGUGGGCCCAUUCCCUCCUCGGCCUUUUCCAGGCCUUGAAGCAUGACUUGAUGCUCUCUCUCAGCCCCAAAUCCUCUCACUGAAGGAUGCCCUCCCACCCAGGGAACUCAGCCAACCACUUUUGGGGGAGGGGUUCCGGUCACGUGAGCCCCCAGCUUCGCCCCCACCCCCACCUUUAGCCCUCGGGGUGCCCUUGGGCACCGGAAAUCCUUUAUUCUCUGCCUAGUGGUGAUGCGGUGUUGAAACUGGUCACACUGGGAAGAUGAAGAGAAAACUAGAAAAGCCACCCUCUCGCCUCCCUAAACCCGCGCCACGCCAUCAUCAUCAUUAAUCGAUCGAUCAGCGGUAUUUAUCGAGUGCUUAAUGUGUGCAGGACACUGUACU